AUGGGGUCACUGAAACCAACUUUCCCUCGAGUGUCUGGCUCUGAGGAACCUCUUUAUGAAGGAUCUGUAAAUUUUGUCAAGGAAUACCAUAUAGAGGCAUUUGCCGCUGCGCUAGCAUGGGAAGAUCACCAAGAAGAUGAGACCACACAUGAUACUGCAACCACUAAUGGGUUCAACUUACUGACUUCGUCGUUGCAAUCCCCAACGUCUGAUUUGCAAUCGCACCAUACCCCUGUACCGCAUGGUGAAAGAGAUCAUCUUCACCGUAGCGAUAUAUUCGACCCAAGUAUCGUAACUAUGUCACCGGCAAAACCGGACCUUAUCACAUCGAAAUCAGACUGGUACCCUAUCAAUCAGACGUCUCCGGUGCCUCCCAGAGCCAAAUCGAAGCGGAAAGUAAGAAAGACUUCAAUUGGUUCAAAUUCAACCUCUUCAUCGUCCGCUGCUAGGAAGACAUUCCAGUCGAUUCGGAAUGAGUUUCGAUCUUCUAUUACAUAUACCUUGUUGCGUUGGCCCCUCUUGUUCUUGGUAUUGCUCUGGAUUGGCUUCUUGUGCAACUGUUACGUGGUGGUGCGAGCUUAUGUUGCUCUUUCGGAGUAUUUUUUGACCUGGAGAGGUGAAAGACGAAAGAUUCGAGAUCGCUUAAGGUCAGCAAAAAACUAUGAAGAAUGGGUGAAGACUGCCAAAGAAUUGGACUCAUUCUUAAAUUUGGAUAAAUGGUCAUCGAACCCAAAGUUCUCCUACUACGAUUAUAGAACUGUAAAAUUAACCACGCGAAGGUUGGAAGAAUUAAGAACAAAUAAUGAAGAUGACAAUUUAAUCAUCGUCUUGCAGGGAUGUUUGAAGAAAAACUUCGCUGGAAUAGAAAAUAGACAAUUAUAUUCCCAUAGAUAUUAUGGGACCAAGAAGUUAGUCGAUAAGUACAUCGAAGAGGUUUGUAAGUGUAUCCAACAUGUUACAAAUAGCACAAAUAUUAAUUUACCUACAAAGAGGAAGUUCUUCAAGUACGUGCUGAAGAAUUACGGAAAAACUGCGUUGUGUUUAAGUGGAGGAGCAUGUUUCGCCUAUACACAUUUCGGAAUUGUGAAGGCUUUAUUGGAUAACGAUUUACUACCUUCCAUUAUAUCCGGCACUUCGGGAGGAGGAAUUGUUGCUGCCUUGGCCUGUACCAGGACAGAUGCUGAAUUGAGAAAAUUGCUCGUACCGAAGCUUGCAACUAAGAUUACCGCUUGCGAAGAUCCAUGGUGGGUCUGGAUCCCAAGAUGGUGGAAAACUGGAGCUAGAUUUGAUUCCAUCGAAUGGGCCAGGAAGGCUUGCUUCUUCACCAGAGGUUCUUCUACAUUUCUAGAGUCAUUUCAAAGAACUGGUAGGAAAUUAAAUAUAUCUACUGUGCCAGCCGAUCCGCACUCUCCAGUUAUCUUGUGUAACAGUAUGACUUCGCCCAAUUGUAUUAUUUGGUCUUCCUUAUUAGCUUCACUGGCAGUACCUGGGAUAUUGAACCCUGUGGUGUUGAUGAUGAAGAACCCUCAUAAUAACGAAGUUGUUCCAUUUUCGUUGGGUAAUAAGUGGAGAGAUGGGUCCUUAAGAACGGAUAUUCCCCUAGAUGCUUUAAACACGUACUACAACGUGAAUUUUUCUAUUGUGUCUCAAGUCAAUCCGCAUAUAUCGUUAUUCUUUUACGCUCCUAAAGGUACAGUUGGUAGACCAGUUGCUAUUUCUCGUAGGGUGACGAAAAAAGAAAAGUAUGCAUCGCUCCGUGGUGGGUUUGUUGCCACAGCGUUGGAACAACUUUUCAAACUUGAAAUUAGGAAAUGGUUACAGAUGAUUAAGACCUUGGAUUUGCUCCCAAACCUUCUUGAACUGGAUUGGCUGAAUAUAUGGUUACAGCGCUUCAGCGGGACUAUCACUAUUUGGCCGAAAAUUAAGCUUAAAGACUUCUGGUAUAUUUUAAGUGAUCCAACGGAAGAGCAAUUGGAAGAAAUGAUCUUAAAGGGUGAAAGAUGCAUGUUCCCCAGUUUGCUUUUUAUUAGCCACAGGCUCAGUAUAGAGAGAGAGCUUGAAAAAGGCAGAAAUUUAUGCAGAGCACAACAAAAGAAACUACAAGCCAAUGCACAACAACAGCAUCAACAAAUACAGCAAUCAUCACAACAAAAGCAAUCUUUACCUUCGACUUUGAAUCAAUUUGAGAUCAGCUCAACUACCAGUAGAGGCACUGACCAAGUCUACAAUGAUUCACAAUUUGGAGUUCAGAUGUACACCGUAGAUGGAGAUGACGAAGACAAUGAAGAAGAUACGGAUAGUAGUGAAGAUGAACUCAUUGGCAAUGAAGCUGCACAAUUCAAUUUAGGUGCAUCAUAUAAUUAUUCUGAUGAGGAAGAGGACGAUGAGGACUACCUUCCUUCUGAGGAAGUCGAUGGAGAUGAAGAAGAAGAAGUUGACUCAAGCACUAAUGAUAGCGAUGAAGAUCUGGAGGAUAGCAUCGAAACAGGAGGCUCAGACUUCUUUUCUCUUUUCAGAAGGCUGUCAGUUGGAAGUAACAAGCUUACAAGAAGGAACACAAUCUAUUGA